AUGGCAGCAGACAUCCCCAGCUUCAAUCUCAACACCGGUGCCAAGCUCCCCUCGGUGGGUAUGGGCUGUUGGCAAGGUCAGCCGGGUCCUGGACGCGAUAACGAGCUCGUCGAUGCUCUCGUCAAGGCCAUCAACGUUGGCUACCGUCACCUCGACACCGCCACCGGAUACCAGAACGAAGGCGAGGUCGGCCAGGCAGUUCGUCAAUCCGGCGUCCCACGUUCCGAAUUGUUUGUGACGACCAAGCUCCGACCCGGCGGAGUGCACGAUCCCGUCAAGGAGUUCGAAAACUCUUUCAAAGCGCUCGACAUCGACUACAUUGACCUGUGGCUGCUGCACUGGCCCCAAGGAUUCACCGAGGACGACGGCGGAUUUGGUGCGGGCCAAGCGUGUGGUCUCGAGCACCAGAAGCACCUCGGUCCCACUUUCAACGAGACGUGGGCAAAGAUGGAGGACAUCUUCCUCAACUCGCACAAGGGCAAGGUCAAGGCCAUUGGUGUGAGCAACUUCAGCAUCAAGAACCUCGAGAUUCUGGCCAAGACGAGCAAGGUGACGCCGGCCGUCAACCAGAUCGAAGCACACCCUUACCUGCCCGAACACGAGCUGGUCGAGUACUGCAAGCAAAAGGGCAUCCACAUCACCGCCUACAGCCCACUGGGUCAGUACAACGCUUCGAUCCACGACGACAAAGAUCUCAAUGAGAUUGCCAAGAAGCACGACGUCACCGCUGCCACCGUCGCUCUCAGCUGGGCCGUUCAGCGUGGUACCUCGGUCGCACCCAAGUCGACCAACGAGAAGCGUAUGAAGCAAAACAUCACGCUCAUCAAGCUUUCCGAUGAAGAGAUGAAGCAAGUCAACAACAUUUCACACGAUCCUAAGCGUUCGACUAGGCUCAACUUCUUCGUCAUCGACAAGGAGACCGGCAAGAUCCUGGGUUGGACCAUGGAAGAAAUGGGAUGGGAUGUCGGUUUCCUUGAAGAGCCCGGAAAGUCCACAAAGAAGAUCGCAGAAGGCAAGUGA